GAGUUAAGUUUGUUUGUCACUUCUUAUUGUCACUUAUUCAGAGAGUGUGUUGUUCAAAAUGGCGAGUGUAGGUUAACACGUGUUUGCUUAUACCAGUUAAUUUGUGAUUAUUUUUAACAGUGAAUAUUAACUUUUCAUAAUGAAGUUAUACGUUCUAUUCGAGCAUGCAGCGGGGUACUGCGUCUUCAAAGUGGAGGAAUUUGAAGAAAUUGGAAUGCUGCUUCCACAGCUAGAAGCCGCCGUCCAUGACUUGGCCCGAUUCAACAGUAUCGUCAAGUUAGUUGGGUUUUCUCCCUUCCAAUCCGCAAUCAAGGCCUUAGAAAAUGUUAACGCAAUUUCUGAAGGUUUACUGCCCGAAGAGUUGCAGCAAUACCUCGACAUUACGAUCCCUAAGGGUGGCAAAAAAGACAAGGUGACGCUGGGCGUCAGCGAUCCCAAACUCUCCGCUGCCAUCUCCGAAGGUCUGGGUAUCAACUGUACCCAUAUUGGGGCUGUGCCGGAGAUCAUCAGAGGGAUCAGGCAUCACUUCCACAAUUUGGUGAAGGGAUUCACGUUGAAAAGUUCAGGCGUUGCCCAACUGGGGCUCGGUCAUUCAUAUUCUAGGGCUAAGAUAAAGUUCAACGUGCACAGGGUAGAUAAUAUGAUUAUUCAGUCAAUUGCACUUCUUGAUCAGCUGGACAAGGAUGUUAAUACGUUUUCCAUGCGGAUUCGUGAAUGGUACUCUUAUCACUUCCCAGAACUCGUUAAAAUUUGUCCCGACAACUACACCUUCGCAAAAUUGGCAAAAUUCAUUAAAAACCGCAAAGAGCUCAAAGACGACUCCCUCGAAGGUCUGGAAGAAAUCACCAUGGACUCUGCCAAAGCUCAGGCAAUUAUCGACGCCUCCAAAUCCAGCAUGGGAAUGGAUAUUAGUGAAAUUGAUUUGCUGAACAUCGAGAUGUUUGCUUCACGUGUCAUUUCACUGGCCGAUUAUAGAAAGCAACUUGCCCAGUAUUUGAGGUCGAAGAUGUCUGACGUGGCUCCGAACUUGGCUGCAUUGAUCGGCGAUCAAGUUGGGGCAAGGCUGAUAGCUCAUGCCGGUUCUUUGACAAACCUCGCCAAAUAUCCAGCGUCUACUGUGCAGAUUUUGGGAGCCGAGAAAGCGUUGUUCAGGGCGCUCAAAACUAGAGGAAAUACUCCAAAAUACGGGUUGAUUUUCCACUCGACCUUCAUCGGACGGGCUGGUACCAAAAACAAAGGCCGAAUUUCUAGGUACCUCGCCAACAAAUGCUCCAUAGCCUCGAGAAUCGACUGUUUCAGCGACGUUCCUUCGCAAAUAUUCGGGGAGAAGCUGCGUCAACAAGUGGAAGAUAGACUGAAGUUCUAUGAAACCGGUGACAUCCCCAAGAAAAACGUCGAAGUCAUGAAGGAGGCCAUCGAGGAGUAUGAGCAGAAAGUUGCCGAAGAUGACGCUCAGAAGAAAAAGAAGAAGAAGAAGAAAAGGAAAGCAGAAGCGAUGGACGAGACAGUGGAAGCUGAAGCUGUUAAUGGUGCCGAGGAAAGUUCGGAGCCGCCCAAGAAAAAGAAAAAGAAGUCCAUUUCACUUAAUGAUACGGCUGACGAGACUCUCAACAAUACAGGAGGUUCAGAGCUUAAUGGAACGGUGGAAGGGGAAGAGACUCCUAAGAAGAAGAAGAAAAAGAAGAAGAGCAAAGAUGUUGAAUAGAUUAGAAAUGUGUAAUAUUUUUAUCAAUAUACUUUUAAUUUUUAAUUGAA